GUAGUGGAAGUUCAAAAUUAAAAUCACAUAUUCGCAGUGCAGCCAACAAAAACCGCAGUUAUUACCGCAGCGCAGCGCAGCAAAACAAAAAGCAGCUACGAAAACUACAACAACAUAAACGAUAGCAGCAACCAGAACUGGGCAGAAAUACAGCUACAGGCAGCAACGCAUUUAUACCAACGACCACAGCCAUAACUUUCCAACAGCAUCCAACAACAACAACAACAAUAGAAAAGCAACAUUAAAAGAAAUCCCUAAAGGCACACGAAAAUGGGCUGCAAUACCAGUCAGGAGCUGAAGACAAAAGAUGGCCACACUGGCGACGCUAAUGGUGGCGAGGGUGAGCUCGUCGUCAACACCGCAACCACCAAUGGUGAUGUUGCCGUAAAUGCUGGCAGCGAGCAGAAUGGCAAUUUGUUGGAGCAACAAAAGGCCGGCAGUGGCAGUGGCAGUGGUGGGCGUGGAGGUGGUGGUGUUAGUGGUGGCGAUAACACACAAACUAGAUUGACAGCAUCCGCAGCUUCUGGCGUAUCUGCCGUCUCAGCCUCAUCCGCAGUUUCGGCUGCCUCGGCUGCGUCUGCGGCUACGGCGACGUCAAGCAAUCCCACAAAUCACUCGAAAUCAAAUUCAAUUAUAAGUAACGGUGAUGCUAACAAGCGCUCCUCGAGAGAUGAGGGUGACGGUGGUAUACUCGAGAAAGCGUUAGCAACUGUGAAGAAGCAGCAGCAGCAACAGCAAUGCGAUAAGGCGGAAAUAGUCGAGUUCAACGAUAUGGGCGAAUUGGGUGAAAUGGGCGAAGAUGAAGGUGAGUAG